ACAUUUAUUAAAGGCCAGAUUAUUCUGUUUUGUUUUACUUCCAUCAUUUCCAUUGAUAAAAGUGCGUGAAGGAAAAUAUUCAAGUUGUGGCUGAUUUUAAAAUGAGUUAUUACCGAUCAAAUAAGCAUUAUUCUGCACCAUAUGCUGGGCGCACGACCAAACCCGAAGAAAAUUGUAACUAUAAUCGAUCUAAUCCACCAAGAGAUCCUCCGCCACCGGGAACUUCAACAGUCGAUCCAUGUUUGCCGAAGGAAACAAACUUCAGUGUGCCUCCACCGGCAAUCUCUUCGUUAAGACCAACUUCUGUACCACCGGUGCGCCAUCCGCGGUCGUCUCCGAGUAGAAAUGAUACACAACGGUAUCAUUCUUCGGGACAACCGUACUACUCUGGUCAGUAUUCAUCGUCCUCACGCUAUUACGAUUCGUCUGGAUCAAGAAGCAGUGAGAGAAGAGAAGAAUCCGAACAUUCAAGAAAAGAAGGAUUUAGUCGAAGCCGUUCCUCGCCUCCUCCUGGAAGUUACUCUUAUCGCAGUGGGCGAAGCUACUCCGUUCCCAAUAGGGACCACGAACGUAGACCGAAAAGUCGAGAUCGGGAGCGCGAUCGUGAUAGAUCAACAAGGUCGUCUACUCGAACAGACCAUACGAGAAAAGUCGAGCCGUCCUCUGUAGACAGCAAGGACCGACCAUCACGCGUUUCGAGAUUCAAAGUGGAUUCUGAACGUGAGGCGAUAUUAUCAAAGUGGCGUAAAAACUAUUGCGAGACUCCGGAGGACAUUCGUAAGAAGUUGGCAGAACUGACUAACGAUGAAGAUAAAACCUCAUGGGUUCGAUCAUCUCCCGCGGAUUUAUUCUACCGUAGGAUUUCCGACAAAGUGGUGGAAGGAACUCCUCGGUUGGACGCGCUCUGUGUAUUGUUUGAAGAGGAACUUAACCGCCGAUCGGAGCGUGUGCGUGUAAAACAAGCACCGUAUCAACCGCCUCCAAGAAAGCACAAAGUUCGCAUCUGUCGCCACAAGAAUGAUAAGUGCUCCUCCUCGGACUCGUCGGAUGACGAAUUAAAUUUUGAAGAGGAAUGCAGCAUGGAAGAACUAACGGUCAAAAUCAAACAUCCCUAUCGUCUACAUGUGGAUCUGUGGCACAACGAUCCGGGGGAAAUGAAUGACGGUCCGUUGUGUCGGUGUUCGGCACGAUCUAGAAGAACUGGUAUACGACAUGGGAAGUAUCCAGGAGAAGUUGGUUUCAGCAAAUGUUUAUCAAAUUCCAAUAAUGCCGAUAAGCUGUACCAUUACAGAAUAACUAUCUCUCCACCUACAAACUUUCUAACUAAAACUCCAACAAUUAUUAAGCACGAUCAGCACGAGUUUCUAUUCGAAGGAUUCUCGCUCCUUUCCCAUCAACCUAUUGGCGAAUUACCCACAUGUAAGGUCAUUCGUUUCAACAUCGAGUACACAAUUCUUUACAUUGAAGAGCAAAUGCCUGAAAAUUUCACAAUCCGCGAGUUAGAUUUGUUCGAACGGUUCAUGUUUAAAGAGUUGCUCGAGUUGGUUGAUUUCACCGUAUAUCCUUCGGGUGCUUUUCCGGAAAAUUCAUGCCCUUGCUACCAUUUUCUUCCGAGAUUUGUUCGAGAUCUUCCGGAUAACGGUAAAGAAGUGUUGGCGAUGGGCGAAGUUUUGCGCUAUCUACUGGACAAUUCUGGUCCCUUGGUUGCUCCUGAUAUACUGAAAGAGAUGAAUGACCUGAGCCAAAUCGAGUGGCAAGAUUACGUUGACUACGUGAAGGGAAUGGUGGUGACGAAUCCAGGCAUGAAACCAUGCUCGGUGCGAGUAGAUCAGUUGGAUCGAAAUGUAACUGAUGUUCCAGAAGUGAGUUUGGUGGACGACAAAGGUAAUGUGCACCCUGUUAUCGUUCACUUUGGCAUCCGACCUCCCCAGUUGAGCUACGCAGGUAAUCCCGAAUAUCAGAAAGCAUGGAGGGAAUACGUGAAAUUCAGACAUUUGAUAGCGAACAUGUCGAAACCAUCAUUCGAAGACAAGCGAAAGUUGGAGGCAAAGGAGAACCGACUGCUGGAGAUGCGAACACAAGGGCGAAUGAAGCGCAACAUAACGGUUGCCGUCAGUGCAAAAGGGUUCUAUAGAACUGGAAUCAUGUGCGACAUGGUACAACAUGCUAUGGUCAUUCCGGUGUUAACCGGACACUUGCGAUUCCAUCGUGCGCUCGACGUUCUGGAGCAGCAUAUUGACUACAAGUUCAUCAACCGCUACACGCUGCAGUUGGCUCUGACACAUCCUUCGUAUAAGGAAAAUUUCGGCACAAACCCCGAUCAUGCGCGUAAUAGUUUAACCAAUUGUGGCAUUCGGCAGCCGGAGUACGGCGAUAGGAAGAUACAUUUCAUGAACACGCGCAAGCGCGGCAUAAAUACACUGAUCAGUAUCAUGUCUCGGUUUGGCAAGGAGUAUGAAACCGACAGCAACAUAACACACAACGAACGGUUGGAGUUCUUGGGCGAUGCGGUGGUGGAAUUUAUAACUUCGAUCCAUCUGUUCCACAUGUUCCCGGAUUUGGAAGAAGGUGGGCUGGCAACGUAUCGUGCAGCUAUUGUGCAAAAUCAACAUCUAGCCGUACUGGCCAAAACACUGCAUCUAGAAGAGUUCAUGCUGUACGCCCACGGGUCCGAUCUUUGCCACGAGCUAGAACUGCGACACGCCCUAGCCAACUGUUUCGAAGCAUUGAUGGGCGCCCUCCUACUGGAUGGUGGCAUUGAGACGGCCGAUCGGGUAUUCGCCUACGCAUUGUUCCAGGAAGAUACAAGUUUGCGCAGUAUUUGGGUUAACUACCCACCGCAUCCGCUACAAGAGCAGGAACCGCUAGGCGAUCGCCAUCAUAUCAAAUCAUUUGAAAUGUUGAAAACGUUGACCAAGUUCGAGGACGCGAUUGGUAUCAGCUUCAAUCAUAUUCGUUUGCUAGCCAGAGCUUUUACGGAUAGAUCCAUUGGGUUUACCAACUUGACACUGGGCUCGAACCAGAGGCUGGAAUUCUUGGGAGAUACUGUUCUGCAGUUGAUCUGCUCUGAGUAUCUCUAUCGACACUUCCCCGAACAUCAUGAAGGGCAUUUAUCGCUAUUGCGAAGCUCGUUAGUUAACAAUCGAACCCAAGCUGUUGUUUGCGACGAUCUGGGAAUGACCACGUAUGCUGUUUAUUCAAAUCCAAAAGCCGACUUAAAAACCAAAGAUCGGGCAGAUUUACUAGAAGCAUUCCUGGGCGCACUAUAUGUGGAUAAAGGCCUUGAGCAUUGUGAAACUUUUUGCCAUGUCUGUCUUUUUCCGAGGUUGCAAGACUUUAUCAUGAACCAAGACUGGAACGAUCCUAAGUCGAAGCUACAGCAAUGUUGUCUAACACUUCGUACGAUGGAUGGAGGGGAACCGGACAUUCCCAUCUACAAGGUUAUUGAAUGCAACGGCCCCACAAAUACCCGCGUUUAUACCGUAGCCGUUUAUUUCCGUGGGAAACGAUUGGCUUGUUCGAACGGUCACAGUAUUCAACAGGCCGAAAUGAACGCUGCUAAAAAAGCCCUCGAAAAUUCCAAGGAUCUUUUCCCACAGUUGGAUCAUCAGAAAAGAGUGAUUGCUCAGAGUUUAAAAAGGCAACGUGUUCGGAGAGGUUCCGCGGACGAUAGGUCCGAUGAUCAAGACCGACGUGAUGGAGGUUCUUCUGAGUCAUCAUACAGCAAUGAAAGAUCAUCGGAUUCUUACCGGAAGAGACGAAGAAGGGUGCCGGAAGCACCACAGCUGCCGAAGCAGUAUCAGAUGAAAGAAAUCGACAGUGACAGCGAUGGAGUCGAGGGAAGAGACAAGAAAAAGAAAACUACUAGGAGACUACCGAAAAAAUCGCGUUUUACGGAGAAUAUUGCUACAACCAACCAAAAAGAGAAAGUAUCAACAGCAAUCAGUUUGGUCAAGCAGUAUGAUUCUUUGUCGGAUGAAAUGGAUCUUCAGUUAGAGGCGAUUUCUGAAUCAGAUGAAGAUUUUGGCGUUGCAAAAAUCAAGGAGGAGGAUCGCGUUAGUAAGAUGUCCGUCGUAAACAUGAACCAUGAUUCAGCAGCAGAAAAUGGUGUUUUGCAUUUUGACAACGGUACAUUUGCCAAUUCAGUGCAAAUAUUUAAAUUGGAGGGUACCGAUGAUGUUUCAUCAGAUCUCGAAUCAGGUGAAAUUGAGUAAGACUAAUUGUGGCUAAAAACAUAUAAGUACAUUAAUAAAAUCCUAAGAUUAAAAAUA